UGUCUCUCUGUCUCUCUGCCUGUCUGUCUCUCAGGUUUCUGUCUGGCGUUGGCUUGUCUCCUGUUUCCAGAUUCCUGGGAGAGUCCAGAGAUGAGAGCUCUGUGUGGAAACUCUGUGGGCAGUUUCUCUCCAGGUAACUGUUCGGUCCACUGGGCCUACAUCCUCGCCAUCCUGGGCAUUCUGGACGCCGCCAUCUUGGCCACGUUGGCCUUCGUCCUCGCCAACAGACAGGACGCCCUGCUGCCGCCAGACGCCAAGGACGGUGAGGGAGGGAGGGG